AUGGACCAGUUCUGGUCUGCUCCACCUGUCACUAGGACCAUAACUGCAUUUACUUUUGUCCAGUCACUUCUAGUAUAUGGUGGCCUACACAAUCCUUAUUAUGUUCCAUAUUUUACCAGACUUGUGUUCAAGUUUCCGCCGGAAAUUUGGCGGCUAGGGUCGUCAUUUCUACUGACCGGCUCCAAGCUCGAUUUUAUCUUUGAUCUUUACUUCAUGUUUACCUAUGGCAGCGCCUUGGAGACGAACUCGCCGCGGCUCAACGGCCCUGGUGACUUCUUCACCUAUCUGUUCUUCGUAGCUACAGUCAUUUUGCUCACCGCAGGCUGCUACUUGGAAGGUGGAAUUUUUACCUCCGCAUUAAUCCUGGCCUUCGUUUACACAUAUGCCCAGCAUAACAAGGGUAUCAAAACCAGGUUCUAUUUCUUCGAGAUACCCGUCGAGUUUCUCCCUUGGGCCAUGCUUGUGAUUACCAUGGUCCGUUUGGGUUGGCCUGCCGCGCUACUAGAGAGUAUGGGAAUCGUCGCUGCCCACAUGUACGAAUUCCUUACGCGUAUCUACCCUGCAUUUGGCGGCGGCAAAAACUACAUUAUGACCCCAGGCUUCAUUAGGAGGUUUUUCAUCAAAUCGUCGCGUGAAGGGUAUCGAGCCUAUGGAACAGCCUACCGACCAACAGGACAAACUCCGGCAUCCCCAGCGUCUGAAGUUCGGAGAGGUUGGACCUCAUCCUCUCAGAACUCCUGGGGUGGAAGGGGGCCGGGGAGGAGAUUGGGCGGUGGUUAA